UGAUAUUCACAUCAGGUGUCUUGAUCUUUUGGGUCAGAUGUGUCAUGAAUAUAUUCUUAGAAAAUGAACUGUAUAUAGGGGACCUGUAUAUAGGGGCUUGAAAUUCUGCCUUGCCUGCAUUCUGUGGAUUGCGGUUCCCAGGGAUUGUCUCAACCAUGUAUAGUUUGGUGAGCCGAAGAGGCCGGUGCGUCUGCCUCCUAUUCCUUGUUGCUAUCAAACUUUUUGCCGGGCGCAGGAGCUCAGCUCAUCAUCUCCCAGCUCCAGUGAGGAUGGUUACCCUGCGCAUUUACCAUGCAUGGACAACCACCGCCGGAUAUAUUUCCACGGGGAAACCUUGAAGACGACCAGGUGUUCGUCCUGCACGUGUAACAACUCCACUCUCAGUUGUAUGUUCGAGUCCUGCGGGCCGGCAACAUGUGACAACCCAGUAGGAUUUCCGGGCGUCUGUUGUCCAGUCUGCCCUUACAAUAUAACGGUGACAGAUGUUGAGCCAGAGGUUGCACCUGGUACCUCAAUUUGGCAGGGAACCAAAAACAAAAUUAUCCUUGAUCUGAACGUGGGCUACCUCAACACCAGAGAAACCACGAGCAUAGCAGGGGAGGGUCUAUGGACGACCAAGGUGUGGAUGAGUUCCUUGGCAGAUGGGUCCAAUGAACUCUCCGGCACUGUGGUGGAGGAGGCAUUGACCGAGGGACAGCAGUCCAAAAACUUGAAGAAAUCGUCAGCUGAGCUCUUUAGAAUCCCGGAGAUUCGAUACACGUUUGACCUGACGGAUCACUCUUGUGGUGACGCCAAGUACGUCUGUGCCAAAUUCAACAAAGGACCAAACGCAGAGGUGGAGAAGGACUACUUGGACUACCAUUUCAAGGCAGUCCCGACAGAGGAGGUUUUAACCGGAUGUACUGAAAUCACCGAAUGUAGAGCUUUACUGCCAUGCAAGGACAACAGCAACCGGAUUUCUCUCCACGGGGAAACCUACAAGAUGACUAAGUGUUCGUCCUGCACGUGCAACAAUGGCAUUCUCAGCUGCAUGUUUGAGUCCUGUCCACCAGCACAUUGUAGAAACCCAAUGCGAUUUGCGGAUGUCUGUUGUCGAGUCUGCCCUUACAAUAUAACGGUGACCGAUGUUGAGCCAGAGGUCGCACCUGGCACCUCAAUUCAGCAGGGAACCGAAAACGAAAUUAUCCUUGAUCUGAACGUGGGCUACCUCAGCACCAGAGAAACCACGAGCAUAGAAGGGGAAGGUCUGUGGACGACCAAGAUGUGGAUGAGCACCUUUGAAGAUGGGUCCAACGAACUCUCCGGCACUGUGGUGGAGGAGGCAUUGACCGAAGGACAGCAGUCCAAAAACUUGAAGAAAUCGUCAGCUGAGCUCUUUAGAAUCCCGGGGAUUCGAUACACGUUUGACCUGACGGAUCACUCUUGUGAUGACGCCAAGUACGUCUGUGCCAAAUUCAACAAAGGACCAAACGCAGAGGUGGAGAAGGACUACUUGGACUACCAUUUCAAGGCAGUCCCGACAGAGGAGGUUUUAACCGGAUGUACGGAAAUCACCGAUUGUAGAGUUUUCGAGCGUUAUCCGCAGCGACUCCCCUGCAUGGACAACAGCAACCGGAUUUCUCUCCACGGGGAAACCUACAAGCUGUCUAUGUGUUCGUCCUGCACGUGCAACAAUGCCAUUCUCAGCUGCAUGUUUGAGUCCUGCCAACCAACAACCUGUAGAAACCCAAUGGGAUUUCCAGGCGACUGUUGUCGAGUCUGCCCUUACAACGUGACUGUGAAUCAGGUGACACCGGUGCUUCCCGGCUCUCAGUCCAUCCAAGAAGGUCGAGCGGAGAACGAUCUGUCAGUCAACCUAGACGUGCUGUACGCCAACACCAGAGAGACAACCAGCGUCGCUGGCCAAGGCCUGUGGAAGUCCUCCAUGUGGAUGAGCAGUCAGGAGGAUGGCGCGGUCCAGCUCCCCGGCACCCUGGUGGAGCAAGUCCUAACACAAGGUCAACAGUCCCAGGACCUCAAGAAACGAAGCUUUUUCUCCAGAAACUUCAACAUCAACGACAUCCGUUACCAGGUGGACAUGUCGGAUCUGACCUGCGACGAGGCCCGCUAUCUCUGCGCCAAGUUCAUGAAGGGGGACAACCCGGAGGUGCAGAAAUCCUUUCUGGAAUUCCACUUUGAGGCAAGGCCCAGUGAAGAUGUGUUGACCGGAUGCAGUCCAAUUGAGGAUUGCAAAGGUAUUCCUACAUCACUGAGCGGAUCUAAGAUAGCCGGUUUGCUGAGGAUUGGGAUGAAGGUCGUACGUGGAUCAGACUGGAAGUGGGGUGGUCAGGACGGUAGUCCGCCGGGAGAGGGCCGCAUCGUCAGUGAACUACGGAGUAACGGCUGGAUAACCGUACAAUGGGACUCAACGGGGCGCAGAGACGCAUACCGAAUGGGAGCAGACGACAAGUACGACCUGAAGCUUGUUGACCCUGCGUCUCUGGAUGGAUCGGUUCGGUUGGCGAAUGGCGAUGACGAAUUCCGCGGAGGGGCCAUUCCACACGAAGGGAGUGGCCUGUGAUGGGUCUGAGAGUCAACUGGCUGACUGCCCGUCUCGUUUCUUGAAGAAACGGGCUUGUAGCCACGCCAAAGAUGUUGGCGCCAUCUGUAGUCAGAAGUAAACUGUUCAGACGCAAGCAUUUAUUACGGUUUGAGAUGAUUUUAUACUCAAGCAAAGGUAGUCGGAAAAAUAAUAUUCAGCGAGCUAAAAGUGUAAAAUUUAUAGCCGU